AUGCCACAGAGCAGCAAACAGUCCAAAACUAUUUCCAUAGAUGAAAAUAUGGAACCGAGCCCAACAGGAGACUUUUAUCCUCCUCCAAAUUCACCAGCUGCUGGAAGUCAGACAUGGCAUGAAAGAGAUCCAGACAUGUCUUCUCCUACAGUGAAGAAACCUGAAAAGACUUUGCUUAGUUCUACAACCUCCCAGGAUUCUUCACCAAGACUGAGCACUAUUCCCCAGCAUCACCAUCCAGGAAUCCCAGGAGUUGCACACAGUGUCAUCUCAACUAGAACUCCACCUCCACCUUCAACAUUGCCAUUUCCAGCACAAGCUAUUCUCCCUCCUGCCCCAUCUAGCUACUUCUCUCAUCCAACGAUCAGAUAUUCUCCCCACCUGAAUCCUCAGGAUACUCUGAAGAAUUAUGUACCUUCUUAUGAUCUGUCCAGCCCUCAGACUAGCCAGCCUAACAGCAGUGGUCAAGUAGUAGGGAAAGUGCCUGGCCGUUUUACUCCAGUUUUGGCACCCUUGCCCCAUCAUAGUGCUGUGCGACCAGUGACCCUGACCAUGACAGAUGCUAAACCCAUCACUACAUGCACUGAAGCCUACACAGCUUCAGGCACAUCCCAAGCCAGUCGAUAUGUGGGACUGAGCCUAAGAGACCCAUCCUUUCUACACCAGCAACAGCUGAGGAUUUGUGACUGGACCAUGAAUCAAAACGGCAGGCAUUUAUACCCCAGUGCCAGUGAGGAUACAUUGGGAAUUACUUGGCAAAGUCCUGGUACCUGGGCUAGCUUGAUUCCUUUUCAAGUACCAAAUGGGACACGAAUUCUGCCAACAAAUGUCCCAAAUCAUUGUUUGAACGUAAUUGGAGAGCCUUUCCUUCAAGCAGAAACAAGCAACUGA